AUGGAUCAUUCGUUCGUUUUCAGAAUCGUCCUACUUCUUGCUCUCUCCAGCUCGAUCUGGUGCGGCCAUAGCCGAAUCGAGAAGUGGGCGCAGUCCAGAAAUGCGGCCACCAGUGCUGGGGUGGAGAUAGCGCACCUGCCCGAUUUCGGAUGGGGAAUACGAGCCACGACUGACUUGAACGCUGGAACAGUACUGACCAGUACGCCUCUGACGGCAGUUCUCAGCCUAGAGCAUGCAUACCUGUUUCCGGAUUUCGAGCCUAUAAUCGAAGGCAGGCUAAACGGUCUAGGCGAUACAGAUCUCACAGCGUUAUUCUUAGCAUUCCUUCAUCUGCAUUAUUCCCAUCAGGAAAACGUUAGCAGUGGAGAUUCUGUAGCGAGCACAACUCUGCACAACGUUGAUCCGCUGCUAGAUUGGUCCGGAUAUUUGAACUCAUUGCCACGAGACGUGGGCCUGCCAGUACAAUACACCGAUGAUCUGUUUGAGGACAUGCGAGGUUCCGCUCUGGUAGGUCUCUGCCAGCGGCGAAACAAGGCCGUGACGAAAUCAUACCGCUACAUACAGAAGACACUGUCAGCAGAGCACCCGGGCGCAAUGGCGGGACUGAGCGAGGCACUGUUUAGAUGGGGUCUGGCGAUUGUGUGGAGUCGGACGCACCGCGUGCGUGCAAGGGACCCGAAAGGGCAGUGGCAGGUUGCUGCAGUUCUUGUGCCGCUCGCCGAUAUCUUCAAUAUGGCUGACUCGGAGGAGCGUGCCAACGUCGAAUGUGCCACCAACGAUGACUCGACCCAUUUUAACUGCUCCCUAACGCAGCCGACCAAGGCCGGAGAACAGCUGUUUGUGCUCUACAGCUCGCCGGCACACAGGCACAAUGGCCGUCUGCUCAUGGACUAUGGGUUUUCCCUGAGGCGUAACCCGUGGAAUCAGCUCACCUUCAUUCUUCCAACAGAUGUGCCACAGCAUGUGUCUGACUAUACCCAGAAGCAAUCUAUCUGGAAAUCAAUGGAGCCUUGGGGGACGGGUGUGACCAACAUUAAGCCUCUGAGUGACGACGAGAUUGUGUCCUUUGAGCUGCUGGCAAUUGGGCGACUCUUCAAUCUGAACAAGGACACCGUUCAGUCUGUGCAAGACAUGAAACCAAGGGACAGAUACGCGUCCCUAUUGAAACCCGCGGCUUCUCCUGCUGUCGAAAAUGCCGCAGUUCGCUGGGCUAAGAAGUUGUUAGAAAAGGCACGGCGUGACUAUCGAACUACGUUAGUCGAGGACGAGCACUUGCUGGACUCCCCACAUAUUUCUGCAUCAAAGCGCAACGUGAUUAUCCUGCGUGCCGGCGAGAAAGAGAUCAUUGACCGACUUCUGCAGGCAUUGGAGCACUAUCAACAGGUGCUGGCCGCCAAGAAGAAGAAGCGGGCAAAGAAACGGCGAGACGAGCUGUGA